GGAGUGACCCUGAUGAGAAGCAGAAAUGGGGAAAAAACUGGAUCUUUCCAAGCUUACUGAUGAAGAGGCCAAGCAUGUCUGGGAAGUUGUUCAGCGGGACUUUGACCUUCGGAGGAAAGAAGAGGAAAGACUUGAGGGGUUGAAGGGCAAGAUUAAGAAGGAAAGCUCCAAGAGGGAGCUGCUUUCGGAUACCACCCAUCUGAAUGAGACCCACUGUGCCCACUGCCUGCAGCCCUACCGGCUCCUUGUGAACAGCAAAAAGCAAUGCGUGGAAUGUGGACUCUUCACCUGCAAAAGCUGUGGCCGUGUCCACUCAGAGGAGCAGGGCUGGCUCUGCGACCCCUGCCACCUGGCCAGAGUCGUGAAGAUCGGCUCACUGGAGUGGUACUAUGAGCAUGUGAAAGCCCGCUUCAAGCGGUUCGGGAGUGCCAAAGUGAUCCGGUCCCUCCACGGGCGACUGCAGAGCAGAGGUGAGUCUGAGCUUAGCCCUGGAGAGAGAAGUGGAGACAGCGACCAGACAGACGAGGAUGGAGAUCCGGACUCAGAGGCCCAGGCCCAGCCCCUUGGCAGCAAAAAAAAGCGCCUUCUCUCCUUCCACGACUUGGACUUCGAGGCAGACUCAGAUGACUCCACUCAGCCUCAAGGUCACCCCCUGUGCCUGUCCUCAGUCACCACAGCCACGGACAGCCUGCAGUCUCUCACAGAUGGACCCUACUCAGAGGAAACAGUUUCCCAGAAGGCUGUGGGCCUAGAGGAGGCUGACACUGGGGCUUCUGGGUGCCACCCUCAUCCCAAAGAGCAGACAGACAGCCUCUUGCCUUCCAGACAAGACACUCUUGCUGAGCUCUGCCUGCCUGGAGAUUCCCACGGGACAGCUCUGGGAAUUGCUGCUGCACCAGGACCGAACGUUACCAGGAAGGAGCAUCUGCUCCCCCAGUAUCUGGCUGAUGUGGACACCUCUGAUGAAGAAAGCAUUCGGGCUCACAGGGUGGCCUCCCACCAUUCCAAACGCAGGGGUCGGAUUUCCUCUGAGAGUCAGAUCUUUGAGCUGAAUAAGCGCAUGUCAGCUGUGGAACGCCUGCUGACCCACCUGGAGAACACAGUCAUGCCAUCCUCAGCCAAGAGUCUAGUUGCUGGAGAGCACACAGGGGCUGACAUAGAGGAAGAAACCCUGAAGAGAAAGCUGGAGGAGCUGACCAGCAACGUCAGCGACCAGGGGGCCUCGUCUGAGGAGGAGGAGGGCAAGGAUGAAGAGGCAGAGUCGGACAGGGGCAUCUCUGUCGGGGCCCUCCCCGAGACAGACCCACAGGUGUGCACAGCAGCAGGCCAAACACACAGACAGGAAAAGAGUCCACAGGGCCAUGGAGACCCCGCCCAGCACAACAGGACCACGGAUGAGGAGCUGUCAGAGCUGGAGGACAGAGUGGCUGUGACGGCCUCAGAAGUCCAGCAGGUGGAGAGUGAGGUUUCGGAUAUCGAGUCCAGGAUUGCAGCCUUGAGGGCUGCAGGGCUAACGGUAAAACCCUCAGGAAAGCCCCGGAGGAAGUCAAACCUCCCGGUAUUUCUUCCUCGUGUUGCUGGGAAACUUGGCAAGAGUCCAGAGGACCCAAAUGCAGACCCUUCAAAUGAGGCCAAGGCAACCGCUUUGCCCUAUCUCCUGAGGAGAAAGUUCAGUAAUUUCCCUCCAAGUCAAGGUAAGAUUCCCCUGUUUCCCUUACCCCAAGGGCCUCGGAA